UAGAUUACCUGAGUGAUGAGAUCAUGUUGGACUUUUUGUUAAGAACCUAGGACACAUGGAUGUUAGUUAUGAGCCUAGUUGGAAAGUAAAACAUGGAAUAUUAGUCUAAUGAGUGUGACUUUGAGGAUUACUAGUUUGGCGGAUUAGGAUUCUGGGAUUGCCAUCUUUGCCCCUAAUAUAUAGAAUAAUUGCAUUUCAAUUCUGAGACUCUUAUGGGAAUGAAACUUUUAUUGGUAGGAAGGCCAACAAAGAUGAGCAUUGCCUAUGUAUUGUUGAGGUCAGCAAGCUGAGGAGGGAUGUUUCCGUCUAUAGCUUAUUGUAGGACAAAUCCAGACUCCAAAUCCUCCAGUUUUGAGAAACUAUGUGUUAGGAAAGCUUGUGAGACUGUUCUUGAAAAACUCAGGAGAUAUGGAAAGUUAACAUUCCUUGGUAUGGAACCAGAGAAGAUGUUAUGUGAGGGUUUCCACAACCUUGAGCUGUAGUUACUGUAGCUGAGUAGGGAAGAUAUAUUUUAGCUGAUUUUCCAUCAUGUAUAUGUACCAAAGGCUCUAAUACUAAUCUAAACAUAUUAACUUCAGUAGUUCUGUAAUAAAAUCCAUCAGGGAUCUUCUUCAAGUACAGAAACAAACAAAUAGCCGUGAUAAGAUUAGUGUUGAUCCUAGAAAUGACUUAAAUCUAAAUGCAUCAGGAAAAGACCACAUUUUGUUCGGUUGUAUUACCAACUUUUGAGGUAGUAGAUUAGAUAGUUUUUCUAAAGAUAAAAAUAUAUUGGAUUUUGAAGAAGUAUAAAUAUGGGUGAAUAAGUUAUAAUGUAUCAACUCAUACAAUCAAUAUACAAAUCUUAAAACUGGUAUUUGUUUCAAUCGAGUUCUACAUUUUUAGUUUUCGUAGUUACCAUGCAUUCAGGACAAGGCGAUGCCGUGUUUAAUGAUGGAAGUGCCCUUUAAUGGUUUGAGUCUUCGGGUCUUCUUGUGAAAAAGUUUAUCCCACGUACAAGUCUUUAUUUUUUUGUGCGUAUAUCUUUUUAUUAAGGUAGAAGAAAAGGAGCGGUUCUUGUUGAAAGUUCGGAAAGGGUUAAAAGAACCUGACUUUGACUUUUUGACUUAUCGUGUGCCGUUUCUGAAAGUUUGAGGAUCACUGUUUUCAUAGAAACUUCCAUUUGCUAUUAAAGGCAGCUGAUAAGAGACGAACAUAUGAGUGAAUACUAAAGACAAAGAUUUUGCUUUUGCUACAUUCUUUAAGUAAAUUAUGAAGCAGAUGGUAUUGUUUUCAAUCCUUUGUUUUGUGUUCAUAACCAUUGGCGUUACUUCAGUUUCAGCACAAAACGUAUGUAUGGACAACGGGCAUUUCAGGCCCAACGAUACUUACAACGCAAACCGCCGUCUGAUCCUCUCUUCCUUACCUUCCAACGUCACGUCUCAAGAGGGCCUCUUCUUCAACGGCUCCAUCGGACAAGAACCCAACCGUGUAUACGCAACAGGGAUGUGCAUCCCAGGAUCAAAUCCACAGGACUGUUCUGAUUGUAUCAAGCUCGCGUCUGAUGGUUUGUUACAGAGCUGUCCUAACCAAACAAACGCGUUUACAUGGCUAGGCGAUCCCACGCUUUGCCUUGUCCGCUACGCCAGCACUUCUUUCUCAGGAUCUGGAGAUCUAACUCCGCGUAGGAUGGUCACAAACGGUGGAUAUAUAGCCUCGAAUAAAACAGAAUUCAAGAAAACAUGGGAAGACUUGGUUGCUCGUAUGAUUGACGUUGCCUCGACAGGAAAAAGCACACCGUUGUUUAGUAAUAACCAUUAUACAGCUAAUAGUGCAGCCUUGACGUCUUCUCAGAAUAUGUAUGCUUUGAUGCAAUGCACGCCGGAUGUUUCCUCUCGUGAUUGUGAGAAUUGUCUGCGUCAGAGUGCAAAUGACUUCCACUCGUGCUGUGCUCUGAAGCGAGGAACCCGUAUUUUGCGGCCAGUCUGCUUUUUCCGUUGGGAGUUGUAUGAUUACUCUACGGCUUCUUUUGCUGCUAAUUUUACGGUGGCUUCUUCUUCUCCUCCUCAUCUUCCUCCCGUGGUUGUGCCAGAACCUGCAGAUGAUCAGGACAACACCAUUGAUACUGAAGAUAGGAAAGGAAUCUCAUCUAGAGUUGUUGCGGCCAUCACGGUUCCAACUGUUGUUACCGGCUUUAUACUUCUUGUUCUAGGAGUUUUUCUUUGUUGGAGGAGAAAGGCAGUGCAAAGAACUCAAGUUGAAUCUGAUAGUGAUAUUUCAACUCCACAUUCAUCGCAAUAUGACUUUAAGUCAAUUGAAGUUGCAACAAACAAGUUUUCGAGGAGUAAUAAGCUUGGUGAAGGCGGAUUUGGCGAAGUUUACAAGGGUAUGCUUUCAAACGGAACAGAAGUGGCUGUGAAGCGACUGUCGGAAAAGUCAGGACAAGGGAUAAGAGAGUUCAAGAACGAGGCUGUUCUUGUCUCAAAACUUCUACACAGGAAUUUGGUUAGGCUUCUUGGAUUUUGUCUGGAAGGAGAGGAGAAGAUUUUGAUAUACGAGUUUGUUCCCAACAAAAGCCUUGACUAUUUCCUAUUUGACCCUGAAAGGCAAAGUCAGCUAGACUGGAUUCAGAGGUACAAUAUCAUCGAAGGGAUUGCUCGAGGAAUUCUUUAUCUUCAUCAAGAUUCACAGCUCACAAUCAUACACCGUGACCUCAAAGCCAGCAACAUUCUCUUAGAUGCCAAUAUGAACCCAAAAAUUUCAGAUUUUGGAUUGUCUACGAUCUUUGAAAUUGACCAAACUCAAGGCAAUACCAGCAAAAUUGCUGGAACCUACGCUUACAUGUCUCCCGAGUAUGCAAUGCAAGGUCAGUUCUCCAUGAAGUCUGACAUUUACAGCUUUGGAGUCUUAGUUUUCGAGAUUAUAAGCGGCAAGAAAAACAGCGGCCUCUACCAGAUGGAUAAAACUAGUAAUGCUGGAAACUUGGUCAACAAUGCUUGGAGGCUUUGGAGAAAUGUGUCACCACUAGAGCUGGUGGAUCCGGCAAUUGGAAGGAAUUAUCAGACUAAUGAAGUCACCAGAUGCAUCCAUAUUGCACUCUUAUGUGUUCAAGAUAAUCCAGAUGACCGUCCAAUGUUAUCAACUAUCAUCUUGAUGCUCACUAGUAACACAAUCACUCUACCACUGCCUCGCCUUCCGAAUUGUUUCCCGCAUAGCAUGAACAAACUGGACCAACUAUCUGAAGGAUGCGAUUCAAGUCAAUUCACAGGUCAAAGAUCUGUUGGUUAUUCUGGUAGUGACAUGACGAUUUCUGAUUUAGAGCCUCGUUGAAGAGAGGAAAUAUUAUUUGUGAUGCGAAUUUGAAUGGUGAUUCUACUAUAUGUUCUGACUUUGUGUGAUAAUUGUGGUUAUGUUUGUCUUCAUAUCUAGUAGCAUUCUGGCCUAAUGGCAUUCUUAGGAUAUUAAUUUUCGGUUAUAAUUUUUGCAAUUAUUUAGACUUUUUGAUGUGCUGAGGAUUUUUAAUUCACUAAUACUAGAUUUUGGUUUA